AGUGUUUCUGUUCCGAAGCACAAAAUUUCCUAAUCCCAUGUUUGGUUUCUAAGAAAAUCCAGAUACAAAAAGGGAAAAGGAAAGAAAAAAAAAUCCCACUUGACAAAUUUUUACUCAAACAAGCAGAGAUAAAAACAAUCCAAAGAAAGAGAGAAAAUGGAAGGCAAUUCAAAUCCCAUAUCACCAGUAACACCACAACACUCAAAAACAACACAAGAACUAGCCAUAGAAGGCCAAAAACACUUGGAAGAAACAAUCCAAGCUGCUUACCAGAUCCUCUCUUCUAUGAAUGAUGAGCUUUGCAACCCCACUUUAUGGUCCACCACCUCCACCUCUACAAGUACUGUCACUUCCCCUAUCACUUCUAGCAAUGCCCAAAACGGUGAUGCUAAUGCUGCUGUCUCUGAUUCCACUCUUGAAUUGAAUGGCGGUGGCUCUGGUGGUGGCGGGGUGGGUAAUGGGGCUCUUGAUGAAGCUCGGUUCCGGUACAAGAACUCGGUUGCUGCUCUUCGUGAUGUUCUUGCGGCAAUUCCUAAUUCUCACAAGGCAAAACCUUUUGAAACCAGUUCUCCGGCAGAUCAAGCUGAGAUUGAGAAGUUGGAAGAGCGAGCCUCCAACCUAAGAAAGGAACUUGCAAAGAAGAACACAUAUGUCAAGCUUCUCAUAGAUCAGUUACGAGAGCUUAUUGCAGACAUAUCUACAUGGCAGGGUCCUUAUUCUGUCUGAAGUUCAUUCAGAACUCAUUAUCAUGAAAAGUGAUGCCUGGGAAUUAAGAACUCAGUGGAGAUGCGUUUGUGAGAUGAUGUCUGUCUUGACAUUUUCUUUCUUUGUGACACUCGGAUAUACAUUAACUGUAGAUUUCUAGAGCUAAGUAGCAAGAAAGUUUUUGGUUUAGCAUAAAUUAGUAAAUCUAUAGAGAUAUUGUACAAGAGAGCAUGUCUUGCAUAUCUUGAUAUGUUUAGCAUUAUGGAUAUUGUCUCUAUUGAAGGAAAUUUUGGGUACAAGCAA